AUGGCAUUGAGAGAUUAUCCUGACUUGUGUUUGACUGUAGCUGCUGUGAAGGACUCUGGAGAGUGGCAUCUGGAGGCAGGAGCACUGGUUCUCUCUGACGGUGGACUGUGCUGCAUUGACGAGUUUAACAGCAUUAAAGAGCAUGACCGGACCAGUAUACACGAGGCCAUGGAGCAGCAGAGCAUUAGUGUGGCCAAGGCUGGAAUGGUGUGUAAACUGGACACAAGGACCACCAUUUUGGCAGCCACUAACCCAAAGGGCCCGUACGACCCCAAUGUGUCCGUCUCUGUGAAUGUAGCUGUGGCUAGCCCCCUUCUCAGCCGCUUUGACCUAGUUUUGGUCCUGCUAGACACCAAGAAUCCAGAGUGGGACAAGAUCAUUUCUUCCUUCAUCCUUCAGAACAAAGGUGCUCCCAGUCAGUCUUCAUCAUUAUGGAGUAUGGAGAAGAUGAGGGCCUAUUUCUGUGUGAUAAAGAGGCUGCGACCAAACAUCACUCAGGAGGCUAACUCUAUCCUGGCCCGCUACUACCAGCUGCAGAGACAGAACGACAGCCGCAGCGCAGCGCGCACCACUAUACGCAUGCUGGAGAGCCUCGGCCGUCUCGCAGAGGCUCAUGCCAGGCUGAUGUUCAGGGAAAUAGUCACAGUGGAAGAUGCUGUUGUGGCGGUGUCUGUUAUGGAGUGUUCUAUGCAGGGGGGUGCACUACUUGGCAAUGUGAAUACACUGCACACCUCCUUCCCUGACAACCCAAGAGAGCAGUAUAGAACACAGUGUCAGGUUGUGCUGGAGGGCCUGGGUUUGACCCACAUCCUCGACAAAGAGCUUCAGCGGCUCUCCAGUGCACAUGACUCUGGGUCUGGAGUGGAGCAACAGAGUGACACACAUGUGCACAGCAUGGACAGUGAGCUGACCCCUGUAUCUGACCCAGGCCUCGACUGGUUCCAUGGUUUAUCCAGCCCAAAUACGUCAAACAGCACUUUCCCCCCAGUGUCUCCAGUCACUACAGCCGCACAGAACCCUGCCAAACCACAGAGCCCUACCGAGUUGCCUAGCAACAGCAGCUCGGCACAUGGCGAGCGUUCUGCGUGGGAGAAGGAGGCUGGUGGGGCCGUGGAGGCGGCAGCGGCGGCUGACUCAGGCAGGGAUACGGAGGGGGCUGAGAGAAGGCCCAGUUCUGUGCUGGAGAAAAGCUCCAAAAAGCUACGGGCCAAACGAUUGAGAGGGAUGAGCAGGGAACCCCUGCAGAGAGAAGAGGAGACGGCUGAGGAUGGGAGGACAGACGCUGGUGAUGAUCUGGAGCAGAUGUUUUAUACGGACAGGUUUCCCUCCCACAGCACGCCUGUGGCAGGCAAAAAGCAGCCCUCCAAAAGAAAAGCUCCUUCACUCGAUGUUCCUGUGAUUGAGCUGCAAUCCACUGACAAAGCAGAGAGUGGGGAAGACCUACGCAGCAAACUGUCCUGCUUUACCUUCAGACCUCGAGAAAGAAUGGAGCAUGCAAAUCAGAUCGGUUGCGCUACCAGUGCUAACAAUGAAACGCUUCCCACAGUGGAUAAAGGCGAGAGAAGUAAAAGUGGCACAGAAGCAAAACAUCCUACAGAACAGAAAAAUCUAAAGAAAGUGCAGGAGAGUGAACAUUGUGAUUUUUCCAAGCAGCCAGCAGAGGGCAGCAGUGCAAUCAAGAAGCUCCGCCAGCGAGUUGAAGCCGAGGUCAGGGAGCUUCCGUCUGAGGAGUUAAGUAGAGAGGAAAGUGGAGGAAGUAAAAAUGUGGAGCACAAGCAUCAGCAGCUUCUACAAAAACUCUCUGGUUUAACCUCAGGUGCUGUUAAAUCUGUCCCCUCCAUUCCUCCCCAAGCUCCCAGUCCCCCAACAAUUCACAAAGUUGCUUCCUCCACCCUGGCCAAACUUUCCAGGUUCUCUUUCAUUUCAUCUGAGGAGAAAAGCCAAGAAAUGUCCUCCACAGCUUCAACAGGACAAAAGCCAAAAGCCUCACCAGUUUCCGAGGACAGCGUAAUGGAAAAGGCUUCCAGCACAGCGGAAAGCAAACAGUCGGACACUGCAGUGACGACUGUGGAGGACAGAAAGCAGCAGAAAAACACCAACCCCCAGCCCAUAAUGAACUCAGCUACAGAGAGUGCAGAAAAAUCUGCUAGGCCACACACAGCCGGCACAAAGACCGGGGAUUGUGGUGCAGCUCCGGCAGUUGGGGAGCAGUUAGUGAUCCCCAAAAAGAGGAAGUGUUUUGAUUUAGGCUCAGCAGGACCCGCAGGCCCUUUUUCUGGCUUUUCAUUCUUUAGCUCCUCUAUCGCAGACGACGAGGAGCUCAAUGUGGACUGGGAGGAAGAGUCUGGCAAAAGAUAGAAUGUGGAAUUAUGAAAUGUGAAUUUGUAGAACUAUACAGGCUGGAGCUGCAUGUAUAAAAUACUAGAUAAUGUCACUGGGUAUCAGGAAUGCAAUAUACUGUACCUUUUAAUGUAUUAAAAUAUUGGUACAUAAGUAUUGGUGAAGUGUUAAAGGUUCUGCUUAUGGUAUAUGUUUCUUUCUGCCACUAGAUAUCAUGCUAGAGCA